GCAGAGAAGCGCCAAUUCAGUGAGUUGUACGAACGACAACAUAACUGAAGAAAAUGUUGAUAAGGUCAUUCAUCAUCCUACUUUGCUUAGGCUUAGCCGUAUUAGCUAAUUCAGAUGAAGCGGCUCCAAGGGUGAAGACUCCCUUAGGAGGACUGAAAGGGUACUAUAAGACAUCGCAAAAUGGCAGAAAAUACGAGGCAUACGAAGGGGUUCCUUAUGCGUUGCCACCUAUUGGAAAAUUAAGAUUCAAGCCUCCUGAACAAAUACCGACAUGGCCUGGUGAAUUAUCGGCUACAAAGUUCGGUUCUCCAUGUAUUCAAUACAAUAUGGUGCCAGAUCCUGCAGAUAAAGUCAAGGGUGCCGAAGAUUGUUUAUAUUUAAAUGUUUACGUGCCAGUGCGAGAGAAGGCGGAAAAUAAAAUGCCGGUAUUGUUUUGGAUUCACGGUGGUGCUUUUCAAUUUGGCAGUGGUAUGUUAUAUGGGGCCAAAUAUUUAAUGGAUAGUGACGUCAUACUUGUCACGAUUAACUAUCGGCUAGGACCGAUGGGUUUCCUCAGCACGGAAGACGAAGUAGUUCCUGGCAACAUGGGUCUAAAGGAUCAAAAUAUGGCACUUCACUGGGUAUCUAAGAAUAUCGAGUGGUUCGGUGGCGAUCCAAAUAAAGUGACCUUGGUUGGUCUGAGCGCCGGAGGUGCAAGUGUGCAUUAUCAUUACUUAUCGCAAAUGAGCGCGGGACUUUUCCGAGGUGGAAUAUCGUUCAGCGGUACAACGUUCAAUUGUUGGACAAAAGCUGAUAAUUCUCUGGAGAAGACUAAAAAACUGAGUGCUUUGAUGGGAUGUCCUACAACUAGCUCUAGAGAUAUGAUAAAGUGUUUGAGAUAUCGUCCGGCUCGAACGAUCGUACAGGCUACAAGCAAAUUUAUGUCAUUCUUCUACAAUCCUUUCAUUCCUUACGGGCCAGUACCCGAGAAAGUUGGAGAUAGGCCUUUCAUCGACAGGACACCAAUUGAAAUCGUGAAUAGCGGUGACGUCCAGGAUGUACCUUGGAUUACGGGAGUAACGAGCGAAGAGGGCCUGUGGCCCGUAGCUGAAUUCAUCGCUAGAGAUGAAAAUCUGAAACACCUAAAUGAUAACUGGGACGUCCUUGGUCCGCUUUUCCUGAAUUUUAAUUACACCAUCCCCAAAGAGAAGCAAGUCGAGACUGCUCGUCUGAUCAAGAAGCAUUACUUCGGUUCGAAACCAAUAGACCGAUCGACUACGAAAGAAUUGAUACAAAUGGCAGGUGAUCGUUUCUUCGUGGUGGAUAGUGAAAAGGCUGCGCAAAUGCAAGCCAAAGUAAAUAAGAAUCCAGUCUGGUAUUAUUAUUUCACGUAUAGAGGAAGGCAAAGUUUAAGCGAUGAUUUGAGCGGUACUACUGAAAAUUACGGGGUCUCCCACGGCGAUGACGUGUUUUAUGUAUUAGAUACUCCUUGGAUGGAUGCGACACAAACACAACAAGAUAGCGAUAUGCAGAAACUGUUGAUCGACUUUUGGGUAUCUUUUGCCACAGACGGAACCGCAAAACUAGGCAAUGUAAAUGGCCGAGACUAGAUCCUUCAAACAAGCAACAUCAUUAUUUGCAUAUCGCUAACCCUACUAAAAUUAAUAUGGAGAGC